CGUGUAAUUCUCUGUUUUAAACGUUCAACGUGUAAUUACAGUGCUGUUUGUUAAACUACCAAACAGAACUUCCUAUUUUGUAGCCCCUUUGUCUAGAGAUAAAACGUAGCAAAUUCCACUCUCUGCGGUUUGACCGCCAAUCCUCGAUGACAAUUGUUGCUCCGAGCAACGUCCGGAAAACUCCAAUUUCUGUUCCGCCCUCAACCGUCUUCCGGUGGCCAACAUGAUCCAAAACGAUAACGUCCGCGUGCAGCAGGUGAAGCUGCGGUUUGUGCGUGAGUUCAAUAUCAAAGUGAUCGACGAAUGGUUGACGGGUUGCGUGUCCUUUUGCCUGCAAGAAAACCCCCAAACCACCAACGAGAGUCUGUUCGAGUUUGCCUUCAGCCAGUGGUUGCUGGCGGAUCUGCGCGAGAUCGGGGUGGCGGUGUUGCCGGCCGGCUUCAACGGCCGAACGGAACAGCACACACUGAACGGCAGCUUCCCGAUUCAAAUGCACCAACUGAUUGAUAUCUCGGAAUCUGUGUACGAUCAGUGGCGAAAAAUGUACGACAAGAAGCUCGACGAAGCGGACGAUGAGGUGCAGAUGCGAAAGAGCCAAACGCAACACACGAAGAAGCGCCGUAUGCUGAAGCUAGAGCUUUCGGAUGGCAAACAAACGGUCACCGCCAUGGAGCACAGCCCUAUCCGAUGCCUCAACACAAAGCUUGCACCAGGAUCGAAGAUACUGUUGACCGGACCGUUGCGCUGCAUCAACAGCGUCCUCUUGCUGGAGCCCAAAAACGUACGGAUUCUCGGUGGAGAGAUCGAUGUGCUGCUAAUCGACAAUGCGUACGAAAACGUGCUGCUCCGGGCGAUGCACAAACCAGUCAAUCCGAACCCAAAAAUCGAAUACGAAGAGCCGGAAGUGGUGGAAUGCCGUACGCGUAACAACUACGGUAACAUUCCGUCGAUCCCUAUGACCAGCCAGAGCCAGAGAGGCCACACAACGAGACCGCACCGUCAAACGUCACCUUCCGCGAUCGAGGUAGAGGAUGGCGAUGAUGAUUCGCUACUGUUGGCCGUGGAUUUAGACUCCAUUGAGACGAGCCAACCACGACGGGAGGAGAGCAAACCGGAACAAGUGCCAGCCAUCAGUACCCUGAUGGAUGACGAUGAGCUCGAUGAGCUGGUGAACUUGAUCGAGGAUCCGGUUGAACCGGAAAUCAUGAACGAACAGGUGUCCUCGACGAGGUACUCGCAACCUUCUCCCGUACGGCCACAACCCCGGCCCAUAGCCGCCCGCCCGUCGCCACCGCCACAAUUAGCCGAACCGGAUGAGGAUGAUUUCGAUUUAAUGAACUCGCUAGAGAAUGAAAUUCAGAAUGAAAUGCGAGAAUACCAAGCAGCCAGUGCCUUUGCUCCUUCGGAGUGGCCCAUGGAACCGGACGAGGAGACACUGAGGUCACCACAGAUGAAGAAAAGUCGGUUGAGUAACGAGCCUGAACCGGUAAUGGCGGCAAAACGUGAACAGGAGACCAACGGGGUCGAGGUGGAAGAAAGUGCUUCCAGCAAAAGGUUCGAUCAGUUCAAUGCCAUAUCGGUGUUUGAGGACAGUUUGGAUGCCGUGAUCGAUUUGGAUUCGGUUUCCAUGUCAUCGAUUCCUGGUAUCCUUUCACCGAGCUACGCAUUCCGGAUCGAUAACAUCAGCUUGGUGACGAUCGAGCAGCUGGAUGUACUCGAUGCGAAGGAUCGUGUCGGUAGAAGCUUCGUUGUGUUCGGUGAGGUGAUUGAUCUGGUCGAACCACCCCGAAUAAAGAAGCAAAUGUGGCACAUGGGAAUCAAGCUAUCGGAUAACACGGCACCGGGGCUGUCGGUGCGGUUGCGCAAUGAUGUGGUCGUCGGGAUGAUUCCCACCAGACCCAAUCCAGGGGAACUGAUGCGCAGGAAUCUAAUCGAUCGUGAAGCUACCCUAAAGCUGCUCGACACGAUGCUGGGGGAGUUGAAUCAAGUUCUGCAUGAGAUUAGAUGCUUUUGGCGCGUUGAUUAUACGGAUCAGCAGUCCUCGAGCCAGCCAGCGGCGGCCGAUGAGCUACCGACAGUGAUAAAGAGAUACGAAAUGACCGACGAACGGAGGACGCUACUGAUGCGCAAGAUCAGCAAAGAGAACUGUGGCCAGCUAAGGGAUCUGUUGUAAAGAAUUACGGAGGACAAGUCGAAGGCACGAUCGGUUU